CUGAUUAAUAAUUUAAUUCUUCAAGUGGGUAAGUGAUGAAAUAAUAAAUUAUAACAAAUGAUUGACAGUUGAUUCGAUGAUGGGAUUUUCCAAUUGUUUCCUGAUGGAAAUACUUCUGGAAAUGAUUAAGGCUGUUGAUCAACCCCUAGACUUUAUCCGAAGGGUUGCGCCAGUGCGGUGGCAGCACGAUAAAAUAAAGAGGUGGGGUAGCACCUUCAGGAGGGCUUAAAAGACCUUCCCCUGGUGUCUCAACACGCAGUACCCAAGCCCCAGUCAGUGGUGUUAAAUCAUAUUUAGGGAAUAAACCUGUGCCACCAGCAAUCAACAGGACGAAUAAUAAUUUGUGAUCAAGACCAGUUGAUUCUCACCCAGUCAUCAGAGUUUUUAUGAAUCGUGUAAUAAUGAAGAACGUGGUGGUGUCUCUGGGUGUGAUCUUGAUGAUUCUUCUGCCAAUGUCAACGAGCGCUCUCACAACAUUCGGCAAGACCAAUCCACAGAAUCAGAAUCCACCACCACCACCUGCUCCUGCUGAUGACCUUUUACUGAAUAUCUCGGCUUUUGGUCGUUUAACUAGCAUGGGACGAAGUGGUGGGAGACCUGGCAUGAAGACGGGAUACUUAGGACAUAGCUUUGGAGUUGCUAAAACCUGCAAAAGCGAAUCUGAUUGCAUUGGAAUCGGCAACACAAGUUGUGUAGCUGAUCCUAAAGAUGGAAAAACUAAAUGUCUCUGCAGUGAUCUCACAGCUCCGUACAAUGGCGCAUGUCUUCAUAAACCUGUGCAUUCUCCUUGUAAGGACAAUCAAGAAUGCGGUCCAGGGGCUCAUUGUACAUUAGGGAAUAGUACGACACAUGUAAAGACAUGUCAGUGUCAAUACGGGUAUUACGAGGAGAACAUGAGAUGCAAUGGCUGUCUGUCAUCCCUGCAAAGUUCCUCAGUUCUGGUUCUUCUAUUCAGCCUCAUACUCUUAAGGAACAUGAGUUCUUCAUAAUUCUGCGAUAAUUAGUGUAGUAAUUAAUAAAGGAAUCCCAUCAGUGGCGAAACGAGACGAGUCUCUUCAAACUUUCUACGAGAACUUUGAAUUUGAUAAUAUGAAUUCUCCACUUUCUGCAUUUGAAUCGACUCAUCUCGUUUUUUUUUUCAGUUUGUCACUGAUUUCGACACUCUGAGGAUCAAUUGUUACGCAGAAGACUGCGACAGAGAGUACAACAGAAAUUAAUAAUUAUAAAUAAAUAAUUGCAGUAGCGAAAAAGUGAAAUGACAGGUCGAUUCAAUUAAGCGCUGAGUUUUCGGGGAAUAUCUCGGGAUCUAGGAGAGAUAGCGAUAUUUUUGUAGUAACCUUUUUUGUAGCGCUUAUAUUUUUUUAUAAAAAAGGUCAUAACGAAAAUUGCGCUAUCUCUCUUGGGCACUGAGAUAUUCCUUGAAAAUCGGAAGAAUGCAGAAAUCGGUUUGUGAAUCUUCAUUUUUUCGCUACCGAUUUCGUCGGGAGCCGAUUAAAAUGCUUGAGCUUUGAAUAAAUUACCGUUCGUUCGAGAGAUCUGAAGAGUUCGUGUGACGUUUGACUCUAAUUGCUUUUUUUCCUUGAAUUAUGCAUUAACAUUCGUGAAAGAUGUUUCAUAUUUUACGUAUCGAAGUUCUUAGUGCUGUGGUAUUUUGUAAUAUUUGUAUAUUAUACUUAGCUUAAGUCACAUUUUCUGCAAUUUUCGAGUAUGAACGAUAUUCUGAGCACCAAUAAAUAACUGAUAAAAUUGA